AUGAAUGAUGACCCGAACACUACGAGCAAUUCUGCCCUCAAACAGAUUGAUUAUCCCGAGGGCAAAUACCCCGAGUAUCAAGCUGAGGGUCUACAGCACGUAAAAGCAGAGCUCAUCCGCCUGCUCGGAGAGAAGCAGAAAGACAUAGUCCUGGAUCUCGCCUUCUGGAACAGGAAGUAUCGCGAGGAGUACAAAGAGGCCAUUACUAAACACGGUGGACGCUGGCUUCUGGUAUUCCUCGACGCAGACAAGGAGGUUCUGCGGAGGAGAAUCGCUGAUCGGCGGGCACAGAGAGAUGCACUCUCUCUAAAUGACAAGAGAAGAGACGGUGACACUGCAUUUGAUGUUGACAAUGAGACUUUUGAAAUGUACUGGGAUGGAUUUGAGAGACCUGUGGGCGAGGGAGAGAUUGUGAUUAAGGUUCUGUGA